AUGUUUUCUCGUAGCGCUUUUGACAGAAGAGGCCAUGCUGCAAAACUCUGUAUUGUUCUGCUUCCUUUACUCUUUGCUGCAUUAGUCGGAAUUUCUCGGAUUGAUGACUAUUGGCAUCACUGGACAGAUGUAUUCACUGGAUCCAUUAUAGGAAGCGUGGUUGCCUCUUUAUGCUACCUGCUUUUCUUUCCAUUCCCUCAUGAUAUCAACGGGUGGGCACCUCAUGCAUCUAUCAAAAUGAGAGAAAAUAUUGAAUUGCACUCUACAUCAAUAGGAAUUGACACUGUGUAA